CUCGGGGGAGGGCGUGCGGGCGGCGAGUGCGGUGAGCGCGCGAGAAGGGCCCGAGCCGGCCUGGGAGCCUCCGGAGCCGAGCGCAGCGAGCGGCGAGCGCUUGGGUGGCGGCGGCGGCAGCGUGCGCGAUGGCUCCGGCCGCGGACCGCGAGGGCUACUGGGGUCCCACGACGUCCACGCUGGACUGGUGCGAGGAGAACUACGCGGUGACCUGGUACAUCGCCGAGUUCUGGAAUACAGUGAGUAACCUGAUUAUGAUUAUACCUCCAAUUUUUGGUGCAAUUCAGAGUGUUAGAGAUGGACUGGAAAAGCGGUACAUUGCUUCUUAUUUAGCACUCACAGUGGUAGGAAUGGGAUCCUGGUGCUUCCACAUGACUCUGAAAUAUGAAAUGCAGCUGUUGGAUGAACUCCCAAUGAUUUACAGCUGUUGUAUAUUUGUGUACUGCAUGUUUGAAUGUUUCAAGAUGAAGAACUCUGUAAACUACCACCUGCUUUUUAUCUUAGUUCUAUUCAGUUUAAUAGUAACCACAGUUUAUCUUAAGGUAAAGGAGCCUAUAUUCCAUCAGGUCAUGUAUGGAAUGUUGGUCUUCACAUUAGUACUUCGAUCUAUUUAUAUUGUUACAUGGGUUUAUCCAUGGCUCAGAGGACUGGGUUAUACAUCCUUGGGCAUAUUUUUAAUGGGGUUUCUAUUAUGGAACAUAGAUAACAUCUUUUGUGAUUCACUGAGGAACUUUCGAAAGAAGGUGCCACCUAUCGUGGGUGUUGCCACACAGUUUCAUGCAUGGUGGCAUAUUUUAACUGGCCUUGGUUCUUAUCUUCACAUCCUUUUCAGUUUAUAUACAAGAACUCUUUACCUGAAAUACAGGCCAAAAGUAAAGUUUCUCUUCGGAAUCUGGCCAGUGAUCCUGUUUGAGCCUCUCAGGAAGCACUGAUGAAUUAUUCCACCAAGAAAACAAAAAAGCACCGACCAUAGGACUGGCCAAAUGAAUAAGGAAAUCCUUAAAGAUCUACACAUUCAAAUAUAUUAUGACCAUCAGAGUAAAGAGUGACUUUCUGAGUAAUGCUGCCAGUCACGCAGAGAAUAAGGAAUGGGGCAUGUCGGAUGUUUAGCUUGUGUCUUUAUCUCAUUGUCCUUCUCCUCCUCACCCUCACUCUAAAAUGUUUAAAAAAAAAAAAAAAAAAAACAGACAUGAUGUGUGUGUAUAUACUCAAAUGCUGGAAAAAUGAGGCUUUUCUGAACAGGUUAACAGUUUGUGUGGAUCAUAGGAAAUUGACCUCCUUCCCUUUUUUGAUAAGGGUUGCAUGUGAAUUAUAUUUGCUUAAUAUUUGAUUAAAUAAUCAAAACAGCUAAGUAUCAGAAAACCCCAUAUCCAGAUGGCCCGCUGUGGAACCGGCACUUAGCAUUGUAAGCCUUGAUUUAUAUUCUUGUCAUAGUAACCUCAUGAAUGAUUUUCCAAGGUGAAAAAUAGUUCUGAUAGUUCUUCACUGUCUGCCUUCGUGCUAGUCAGUAUGUCAUAAGCAAGCUCCGUCCUGCUGCUAGGUUCCAUACUUGCCAUAUACCAGAUUUGCAGUGGGCUCUGAGGUGUCUGUGUGUGGCCACAGCAAAUCAGAGUGCGUGGGUCAUCUUGUAAUAUUUACGAAGACCAUGAGGACGCUUGUAGAAUGUUAUACCUCCAGCCAGUUAAGGGUGGUUUCUCAGUUUUCUUUGAUCCUUGCAGAUCUUUAAGUUUCACUGGUAUUAUGGCUAGGCAGACAUGACUGGUGGUCUGGCCUACUCCCCAUAUUCCAUCCUCUUAGCCUAAUUUAUUUGAAGUUACCAGUGAAUAUUGUUAUACUCUGACUUUUUAAAUUAUGCAAUAUUUUCCAGUUUUCAGAGAGGCUAUGGUUAUGCCCAGGGAAAUAUUUCAGGUUAACUAGAGCGAAAAUGAUCAGGAUCCUUUUUACCUAAAGCUUAUUGGAAUAUCUGCCCCUUCAUUUUUUGAAGGAAAUAGAUAUGAGUUGAGAACAGCUCUAACUUACUUGAAUUUGUAACAGAACUCACCAAAAUUAAAGUGUUAAGAAAUGGCAGUGAAAUAUCAUUGUAAGGCAGCUAGUUCUAAUUUAGCUUUGAACAUAUAACAAAUUGAAUCACUUUUCACAAACAUGACACCUGUCCGGAGUAAAAACCUGAUUUGGCCCCUUUGCUGAUGUAUCACCGUAUUUGUAGCUCCAAACCAUUUGGUAUUUUUGCAACUUUUUCCUGCUCAUGCGUUAUAAAAUCCAGAUUGUUUUUACCACAUGGUGACAUUGACUCAGAUUAAAUCCUGAAGCUACAACUUCAAAAGGAGAAUCAUUUUUUUUUUCUUAUGCAAAGGUGUAAAAUACUGCUAUCAUUUCUCCAGUAUGUAGUAAGUCUCCUUGGUACAAAUUUAAAACCAAUAGAAAUUUUGUUUUUCUUCCCCUAUUAGCCUUAGUUUUAGUCAGAGUACUAUUUUCCUUAACUUAGUGUGCCAGCAUGCCAUUAGGCAGAUAAGUCUGCCUACUUUUAUGAUCUUCCAGCAAGAAAAACAAUUGCCAAAAUAAAUCUAAAGAACUUUGGUUGUGCCUUAAGAAAAUCUAAAUCUAAGCCGUUCCAACACACAGCCCGUAAAACUGUUCUUUUGCCGCAAGAUUCUGACUUCUGGCUACAUGUCAUGUGCCAUCUUACAUUUUUUAAAUAAGUUCAUUUGUUUCA